CGCCAAAUUCUGCCAGUUUGCCUUUGACUUAAAAUAUGACAGUGUCUGUGUCAACCCAUACCAUUAUGAGAGGGUCGUCUCACCUGGAAUUGGUGUCAGUCUUCAGAACACAGCUCCUCCUACUCGUUUGGUGAAGGAUGAAUUUGUGCAUGAGUGUGUGCAACUUGAUAGACCACAAGUCAUGCCGCAUGCUGAGGAACAUAGGCUUCAGCCAGUCAAACACCCGACUAACGCACGACCAUCUUCUGAAACCUACGUACAGCCCCUCCCGGCUCCAGUACUUUCCUUACCAGAGACAUCCAGAGCCACUGUGCACAGCUUUCCCAACAUUCCAAUGUCAUCUCCUCCUGCCAACAAUUCUCUCAUUCCUAUGAAUCCCAGCGAGGGUUUAUUACAGAUUGCCCCAUCGCUGCAACAGAUGGCACCUCCCCCAACUCCACCUCCCCCUGCACCCCCCAAUCCAUCUCAGCAAAAUGGAUAUCCACCACCAAAACAGCCUUACCAGAAUACGACAGCAACUUGGACAGGCAGCAGCACAGCUGCUUAUGCACCAAACGUGGUGCCCCAGCAAAAUGGGCAUGGGCAUGGGCACGGGCACGGGCACCAUCAACCAGCAGUGCACCAUGCCAGCCAUUACUGUCAGGCAUCACAAUCAGCAGUGAUACCCUUCCUCUUGCGUCACACUGCCUCAGCCUCUCAACCACGCACGCCACACAAUGGCCCCGAGUUCUGGUGUUCAAUCACAUACUUCGAAAUGGACAUGCAAGUGGGAGAGAUGUUCAAAGUUCCCUCUAGCUGUCCAGUAGUGACAGUCGAUGGCUAUGUGGAUCCUUCAGGAGGAGAUCGCUUCUGCCUAGGCCAGCUUUCCAAUGUACAUCGAACUGAUGCCAGCGAGAAGGCCAGAUUGCACAUUGGUAAAGGCAUCCAGCUUGAGUGCCGUGGUGAGGGCGAUGUCUGGAUGCGAUGCCUCAGUGAUCAUGCUGUAUUUGUACAAAGCUAUUAUCUGGACCGAGAGGCAGGCCGUGCACCUGGAGACGCUGUACAUAAAAUUUAUCCUGGGGCAUACAUCAAGGUGUUUGAUUUGCGUCAGUGUCACCGACAGAUGCAGCAACAGGCGGCCACAGCACAGGCAGCAGCAGCAGCUCAGGCCGCAGCCGUGGCUGGGAACAUUCCAGGCCCCGGCUCUGUGGGAGGCAUUGCUCCAGCCGUUAGUCUUUCUGCAGCUGCAGGGAUAGGCGUUGAUGACCUGAGGCGUCUUUGCAUCCUCCGACUGAGCUUUGUAAAGGGCUGGGGACCAGAUUAUCCACGGCAGAGCAUCAAACAUACCCCCUGCUGGAUAGAGGUCCAUCUGCACCGGGCACUGCAGCUUCUGGAUGAGGUCCUGCACACUAUGCCCAUUACUGACCCAGGAUCUGUUAACUGACACCAGUCACCAUCCUAGCGUUGUCCCCCUUUUCCUCUUAAUUAUUAUCAAACUUGUAAACUGAUCACUUGAAUCUGGGACAUCAGCAGUCGAGAUAGACUGAUGCAACAUAACUUUAUUUUUAUAUGUUUUAUUGCUUAUUGACCAUUUUCAUAAAAUCAUGGUCACGAAAAAUUCACACUACAACCAAAUUGGAGGUGCUUUUGGAACUUACUGCCCUUACCUCUAUAAAAUGUAUUUAUUUAGUUUUCUAAUUAGGAUUUGCAGCAAAUAAUUCAGCAACAGGUGAACUAGUUCUAAUUCAAUUCCUAAUGCAGAAUUUAAUCCCGAUUUACUUUCUUUGAUUUUGGACUUCCUGUAUAACCGGUUUAUCAGGACAAGAAUCUUCAAACUGUUCUUAGACUUCUGCCUGGACAGUAGAUACUCUGACUUUUAUUUUCAAGAACUUAAGCCCAGUUGAUCUGUUAUCACUCGAUGUCACUGUACUGUGCCACAAUCUAAAGCUAGAGGUGAAAUUGCUGAGGUUUGUUUUAACUAUUUGAUCAAAUAAUAUAGUACAACAUAGUAUGCUGCACAUAUUUUCCUGACUGAAGUCUUCACGUGGCCAGGUAAGAGUAUUUCAUUGUCUGGUGAACUCACUUGCAGAGCAGACGGAGGAUGCAUAGUUUGAAAGCUGCUCCAUUGCCUUUAGCAAAUUGCUUUCUGCAUCUGCAUCUGACUCCUUUUCUGUCAUUGAAACAUGAGGCAUUGGAGCCCAUCUAGUUCUUUGUCGUUCACUUUUCUUAAUCAAAAUUUCAGGCUUGAGGAUAAAUUUGAAAACACAUUUGGCUGGAUUGUUUUCACUAACUCUGCAGCAAAACUCCAGUGAUUGCGAUAACAAUUUUUGCAAAGCCUGAAGGCCUUACCUCAAGCACAGUUAUCACAUUUAGGUUCCUGUAAAAGAAGGUUCAACUGUCAGCCUUGGUGAUUUUCAUUUAGGUUCAAUUGGAUUGUGAAUGACUAAGCUGAGAUAUUACAAAUUCUUAAGAUCCAGCAGUCUUUUGUCAUACUACCUCUUCUAGCUUUACUCCCUGUAGUUUGAGCUUUUCAACAGCCUAGCUUCGUAGAGUUAUACAGCUUGGAAACAGACCCUCUGGCCCAACUCGUCCAUGCUGACCAGAUACCCUAAAUUAAUCUUGUCCCAUGUCAUUUGAAAGUUGCAUUGUAAUUCACGUCAUUUUUAAUCAGACAAUGGGAGCCCAAAAAGUAGUGUUUCGACAUGACUAAAUACAGAGUUUUAAUGCUGAUGUGCCAUUGUAACUUUUCCGAACAUAACUUAGAAAAUUUUGAUCUGUCUCUGACACUUGUCCAGUGGCAGAAUGUAGCUGUCUUGCACAUCUGGUUUUGUUUUUAUGUGGAUUCACUUCUAUUUUGGUUCCUUUGUCAAGUCAAACUUGUAGUCAGUACAUGGCCUUUGUGAUGUGUGUGCUACAAUACCCAGUGUAGACCUGCCUGCCACUUUAAUGCAGAAUCAUUGUUGCACCAUUCAUUGCGGGCUCUAUAUACAGCUAGCAUUUGAUUUGAUCAAAAUGUCCUUAUUCCUCCCAACUGCAGCUUCAUCUAGAGCUGUAUGUCCUGCUAUCCACUAGUGACUCCCUCUUCAGCUGACUGCAAGAUGGGGCUCAGUUGUGAUUAUCAUCUUGCUGCCGCUUACUGUCUCUGUUCAUUUAUACACAUUGAUGUCUGUCACAAAUGGCUGUAGAAUCAAAACCCUCGAGGGCUGCUGCCUUCAGGCAGAGGAGGAAGUGGCAACCAAAACAUUGCGUUAGAUUCAAGCAACUGUAUGCUGUAAAUGUAAUCUACGUGUGAUAUUUACUCUGUGGCUGAGGAUUCUCUUGAUCAUGAUGAACAUGAGACUUCUAUCGUACUCUUGGAAGUAGAGUUCCUAAGAAGAAUACCAAUCACACUGAAGUGGAGGAAUGAGCAAGCUCAGUCUUCGAAUCUGCUCUGAGCUCCUUUUGUCCUCUGCUGGCAAUACAAGUGCUGAACCUCUUAACUUCCAAAGAAUCUUAAUUGUGAUAUUUGUCUGAUUUCUCUGGACAGUGAAGUGGGAGCUCUGGAGUAUCUAAAACGUGGUGUAACCAAUGCUGAAUGGGACAGUGCAGUGGGAGCUGCAUUUCAAUUGGGUAUGGCAAUAAUUAAGUUUUGAAUGGGACAAAAUAAGGAGUGUCACUUGCUGUAAUCUUUGCAGUGCUGAAUGGGAAAAUAAGUUUCUUCUCUUGCUGUGCAUCGGCAAUAGCAUUGCAUAUUCUCCAGUAACCCCAUCCUGGUGGCACAGGAACCAAUCCUAACCAUCACUGCUUCCGGUAACAAAAGUGCAUUGUCUGCAUUUGAUCAGAGGUGCUGGUUUUUUUCACCAGUCCAUCCUUUUGUAGGAUUCUCUAUCAAGCUGUGUGUGGUAUGGGUGAGGGAGAAGGGACUGCUCGCUAAGUCUCACUGCAUUCGUUAUCAAUCUGAGAAGGAAUUCACUGAUUCUGGCCCCUGGAGUAUUUACUCUGACAGCCCCAUUUGCUCCCCCCACCCCCCAAAAAAAAACAGGGUUGUUAAUGCUGAUGUCUCAUCUUCCAAUUGGGUAUAAAUUCUGAUUCCUCAAGUUCCCUAUUCAUAUCCCUGAUAUUUCCUGAUUAACUGUUUGCCCCCCACUCCUGGCUUGUGUAUUCAGAUUCUUUCUGUUCUUGCCAUGCCCUUGGACCAUGUACCAUCAUUCCUCCUGUUAUCCUCUUAGCACAAGCUUCACCCUCCCCAGCCCUUCACCAUGACCUGUCUGGGGCUUGCACCCUAAUAACCUCUGCUGAUAUUUUAUCUUUUCCCACCCCAUCUCCCACUUCCAAGGAUAAACCCUGAUCCUUGUAUUCUCCAGGCACGUGUACUGUCAAACUCACGAAUACUGCUGCAGGUGGUGCUGGGGUUGUGCACCCUACCACCCCCACUCCCCCUCCAAUGUCUUUGGGCAGUUUGAAUUCUACACUGCAGAAAACUUGCUUAUCUAUGGAAUUCUUUCAGUAGUGUCAAAAAUUUGUGUAGAACUCAAAAGUCGGUUUAGUGGUUAGACUUUGUAUUGUAACGUUGAAGUGUCACCUGAGGUACAGUCUGUGGCAGAGAUUAACUAUUUAAACACCUGGCUAUCCUCCACCCAUUUAAGAAAAACCUUGCCAAAGAUUAAAAGCAGUUUCAGGAGUUUGAAACUCCCAAGUGUUCUUUGGAACUUGUUGACCAACUUGUUGGCUUAUUCUUGUGGGGAUAUCUGACCAAGUGUAACUUGUAUUUGGCCAGCUGUGAGUUUAUGUACCGCUGUAUUUUGAUUCCUCUGCAGCCUUGCGUUGCAGGAGUUGAACUGGUUGGUUAUUUCUUGGUUUUUGUCAGUUACCCAGAGGAUGGCAAACUCAGGAUCGCAAUGGGACUUUCACGCUGGACAAAGAACAAUCAAUGUGAUCUUUGUCGUGCAUAAAAUUCAAGAAUACUCUCUCAAAUAGGGAUCUCUGAAUGUUGUUUGUUGCCCAGGAUGAAUGUACAGUACAGCUGUCCUGAAAAGGUGAUCAUGGUCAUCUGGUCAGUGCGAUACAGAAUAAUGCGCCUUACCAGAUGCUUUUCCUGGCACUAUUAGCACCAUGUCAUGGCUCCAGUUCUGUUUGCACAAGUACUCUUCAGUUAGUUCUUGUAUACGCUCAAAGAUUAUGACACAGGAGCACGUACCCUAUUCAGGAAUCUGAAAAGGCUUAAGAAUCCCACACAGAUCACAACAGCUACUGGGUGACUGGAUGAUUGUUGAUGACUGUGCUCUCCAUACACUUGAGGGAAUGUCCAGCUGCUUGCUGACAGAUCACUUUGCCCAGCCUUCAGAGUUGUGUUAAGAGACACACUAUAAAAACUAUGCUGUCACCAUACCUCCAAGAGUGAAUGCUCACAACUGGAUCUGUACAUCAAGAUUUGGUUUAACAUCAAAUAUGAGACAAUAACAUAAUACAUGAACAACUCAUCUCCUUACUGUUGAAGUAAUGGGCAUCCUGCAUCAUCAAUCAACCAAAAGUCAACUGAUACAGCGAUACCAUUCUCUACUUCCCUGCAACUACCUCCUCGCCCAAAUAAAGCUAUGGCAAAGAGGUAAACAGCUUGUCAGUAAGUGACUGUGCACGCAGGCCCCGAAAGAGAUACUAGCACCACACUCCCAUCUUCCUCUUGAUCAGGAAGUGUUUGGGGAGAAGAAAUAUUCUAAUUGCUUUGGUCAGUGGGAAUUUUGACAGAAAAUCCCUUAGUACUAAACAAUUCCACAGCUAUGAUUCAAUGAUGAUGAUUAAUGUAGCAAAUUCUAGAUCCAGAUAUAAACUGUACCCCAGCUUGGAAUUAGGUACAGGAGCACUUAUAUUUUCAACUAUACUUCAUGGUAAGAUUUGUUUCCUGUUCUGUUUAUAUUUGUACUUAGUUACUUAGUAAAUAGUUAAAUUCAGGCUGUGGGUACAAACGAGUGCAGAUAUUUUACAUCUGAUUUGGAAAUUUAUCUCGACCCUAUUGUGUAUGUAUUGUUCCUGGCAAGCAGCAAUAAGCUUGUGGGUAUUUGAUGUUAUGUGUAAAGAGGGGGUUGAAGUAGCCCUGAUCGUGUAUAAAAUCUUGUGUCAAUAAUCUGUGUACUUUUAUCUUUUGCGACGUGCUUGUGAGAAAAUUAACUUGUGUGUUGUAAGUAGCUUUUCCACCAUCCUCUCAUUAUUCCUUCUGCCUGACAGUACACUGAUGUGAUUUUGAGCCAUGUAUCCUAAAGGAAUAUCCCAAUUUGAAUGACUUAACUUUGCUGAUCUCAGCCGUGUCAGGUAUAGAAUCUUUGCAACUGACCUGACCUGACCUGACUAUACUUGGGUUGGGUGGUAGGCAAUUGCCAGUCUGGCAGGAAGGGAUAUGUAAGGUUAGAUAAGGCAGGGAGUCACAUAGGCAUACUCUUCAUCGUCCCAAAUUUGCAGCUUGGAUUUUCCACUUAGUUAUUUGAAAGCUGGCAGAAAUCUUGGGUAUCACCACCUUACAGACGAAAAACUAUUUUUCCAUAGGUCGGAAGUUGGACAACACCAGGUUAUAGUUCAACAGGUUUAUUUGAAUUCUCAAGCUUUUGGAAUGCUGCCCCUUCGUCACUUCACCUGACAAAGGGGCAGUGCUCCAAAAGCUUGUGAUUUCAAAUAAACCUGUUGAACUAUAACCUGGUGCCCUCUGACCUUGUCCACCCCAGUCCAACACUGGCAUCUCCACUUCAUAUUUUUCCAGAGAACUCAGUUGUCGUAUCCCCUUGCAGCUAAAGAAGUUGGCCUAGAGGGGACAGCCUGGUCAAUGAGUGUAGUAUAUUUGAAGAAAUGCUCUAUUGGCACUGAAUCAAUUAUUCAGGUAGAAAGCUGUGAUUGAUAUUGACAAUAGUAUGCUAAUGUUUUCAAAACUGGGUAAUUCACGGAGUCAGGAUCAGAGAUGCCUCAUUGUUUUGAGCUAAAAAGAAUGUUUUCGUUGGAGGAUAAGGAAGGAAAUGAACUGAAAUGUGGAUACAACCCACGGGCUGUCACAAACUCACCCAUGCUCCUGCUGUCAUGUCUGCACUCUAUAGUUGUGCACCACCUCCCUUUUUGUGCUGUCGCGCUUUCAUACCUGCACUCUCGCUGACAUCCAUGCCCUCGCUCUUACACCCAUGUCCUCGCUGUUGCACACACUCUUGCAUGGAUACUAAUUGCAGAUGAUGAAAGUAAUGCUCACUAAAUAGUGAAUCAAGUUCUGUUUCUGUGAUUCGAUGCAGGGCUGGUAUUUUGAGGUUGAAAUAUUGCAUUGUCUGAAGUGAAGCCUUGGAAUUACAGAAUUGUAUCAAUAGCUGUGAUGGCUUUCAAAGUUGAAUUUCCGGAGGUUUCUUUCACAGGUAAGCUUUGUAGAUGGAACAGAACAAGUGAUAGAGAGCUAUUGCUUCUCUAGUUCUGCAAGCAAGAAACAUAUCUACUGCCCAAGUGAAUACAGCAGACCUCCAACUGUUUCUUGCUCCCAGAAUUGAAGCUUUGGCCUUCUCUAAAGAUGUUUCAAAAAAUCUCUCUCUCUCGCUGUUUGUUUGUUUGUUUUUUGGCAUCUUGCCCUGCCUUUUCUAUACUUUGGGCAUCUUUGCUUGUCUACUACAGUGUUAAGUGAUUUGGACAAACUGCCAAAUUAUCUUCCAAACAAGGCAAAUAAUUCAGUUUCCAGUUAUGAAUGCCUAAUACCUUUACAUCUGGCAAUUACACAAGUUUGAGUGCCAUCUAGGCAAGUCUGUUUGUAUUCCACUUCCAAAGCUUGUCCAAUGUUGCCAUUGUGAAAGGUAAGGCGACCCUCAGAGUUCAUUCCUGUCUUUAAACCAGAGCAAUGUUUACAAGCUAUAAUGUCUAAAACAGUUUAUUAAAUAGAACAGCUUCUCAGUAUAUGAUACACAUGAUGACUUGGAAAAGGUCAGUGUGACUGGUAGAGCCAAAGCAAGGAGCGGGUGGGGUAUGUUGGAGUUAGUGAGAAUCACUGGUCAUAAAAUGUCACGUGUGGUUUUCCUUUUGGAACUUCAAAACCAAACCCAAUUGAGUUCCUAAAAGUGGAAGAUAUCAGAAGCGUUGGAAAGCAGGUAUACCAGUAGUGACAAACUGUCAUUUUCUGAAGCUUCCUGCCCUGUUUGACUAUAUGUGGGAAAGCUAGAAGGAAUUUCCAAAGAGUUUGGUCUAGAUUUAUCUUUCUUCACAACUGGCUGAUGCGUACAAGCUGAACUGUGCACCAGAUCAAGGCUUAUUCUGUACGCUCACUUGUAAUUCCACAGAGAGCUGCAAUAGCUUCCUUGUUCAAUCUGUUGAAGACUGCAGUCUAAGGCUACAAUGUUCAGAAACAAUGGGACAUGUGGUGGAAGUUUGGGAAUGUCUAGACUUUACUGAACAUCGUAUUGGUAGGACUCUGGUGACUUUACCCUCAGAGUGUAAUUGUUAAUGAGCGUAGGAAUGUGGACAGCAGAACAGAAAUAUUGUACUUUAAAACAAAACAUUAAAAGGAUUUUUUAAAUUGUUAA